CGCGCCGUUGCUACGGUGACGAGCGAUGGAGCCGCGCUGAGCUCGCCUCUGCAGGAUGCCGCACAAGAUUGGCUUUGUAGUCGUUAGCUCAUCGGGGCACGAAGAUGGCUUCAGUGCAAAGGAGCUGAUGGUCCACGCACCAACAGUGAAUGGAUGGCGGUCACCGAGACUCUGUCAGUACCCACAAGAAAUCGUUCUGCAGUUGGUGGAGAGAUGUCGAAUACGAAAACUGCAGCUGCUUGCUCACCAGUACAUGAUAUCAAGCAAAAUUGAGUUCUUCAUCAGUGAAAGCUUGCCUGAAUACUUUGCUCCUUAUCAGUCAGAGAGGUUUCACAGACUAGGUUAUGUCCCUCUCUCAGACAAUGAGAAGACAGGUUUCAAAGCUCGAGAGUUAAAAUCUGUGUAUAUGGAUGCAGUUGGCCAGUACCUGAAGCUGAUUUUCCAUAAAAAUUAUGACAAUAAAUACAACUUGUACAGUCAGGUUGCCCUGGUAGCUAUAAAUAUUAUUGGAGAUCCAGCAGACUACGGUAAUGACAGCAAUAAACAGCCUUCCAGAGAGAAGCUGAUUGACCACUACUUAGGAAUUAAAUCAGAUGAUCCUGCCUUAGAUGGAACAUACCUAGGGAAGUCCGACUCCAUCUCCCCUCUGGAUGAUUUGGCUUUUGACAUGUACCAGGAUCCAGAAGUUGCCCAGAUAAUACGCAGACUGGAUGAGAAGAAGCACGACGCCGUCCGUCAGGAGCGCUACGAUUACGCCAAGAAACUCAAACAAGCCAUUGCAGACUUGCAGAAGGUAGGGGAGCGACUGGGACGGUACGAAGUGGAGAAACGCUACGCUGUAGAGAAGGAGGAUUAUGAUCUUGCUAAGAAGAAAAAGCAACAGAUGGAUGCGUACCGCCUGAAAGUGUAUCAGCAGCUGCAGCUCCACAACCUGCUGGAUGCAGAGCUGAUGACUCGAAAGCCACCCGACCUGCCUGUGGAGCCUGCGGUUUAUGAUCAUCUUCAGCACACAAAGGCUGCAAAUUCACCUCCUCAUGAGAACACAGAACUGCAGAGUUCACAGGGAGAGCUGUGGAAAGCAGAGUCUUUGCAGGAAGAGAAGCUGGCAGAACCUCAUUCUCCUGAGCCUGUUUUUCUCCAUCAGGCCACUCCUCCCACUCUGUCUCAUCCCACAACCUCCAGGGAAGUGUUUGCCCAAGAAGAAGUAAGUAACGUGCCUCUGUUGCCAGAGAAAUCCCCACAGCAAGAAAUCUUACGUUCAGCCUUCCAAAACAACAAGGUUGAAUUUUUACCUUAUGAUGAGAGACCUCUCCCAGCCAUCCACAAACACUCCGAGGAAGCAAUUCGAUACCUUGAGCCAGAGAAAACUGAGGGAGACAGCAGUAAUACUCCAAGAAGUGGCAUUGCUGGGGAACCAGAGCCACUGAGUGAGAAGGCACUGAGGGAGGCCAGCCCUGCUAUUGAAGUUUUUGGAGAAGCUCUGGUCUCUGGAGCAUAUUCCAAAAGUUGGUCGUAUCGAGAAGAUGCAUUGCUGGCUGUGUACAAGAAGCUGAUGGAAAUGGCAGCAAGCACUGCCAAGGAGGAUUUAAGGAACAUGCUGAGGGCUGCGAUUUUUCUUGUAAAAAGAGCCAUAAAAGACAUCGUAUCUUCAGUUUUUCAGGCUUCCCUGAAACUUUUAAAAAUGCUCAUUACACAAUAUGUACCAAAACACAAACUGGGAAAGCUGGAAACUUCUCACUGUGUGGAAAAAACACUUCCAGGUUUGCUUUCCAGAACAGGAGACUCUUCAUCCCGCCUUCGCAUCAUGGCUGCUAAAUUCAUUCAGGAAAUGGCUCUGUGGAGCGAAGUGAAACCUCUUCAGAUUGUUCCACUUCAUUUGGUUCAACCCCUAAAACCGAAUUCCCCGACACACCUGGCCAUGAGUCGAGUGGAAUUAGUUGAGUGCCUCCUGAAAGAGAUGGGAACUGAAAACUCAGGCUUCACCGUCAGCAACGCCAUGAAGUUUGCAACGGGAGCUUUGGAGCACAGAGUUUAUGAAGUUCGUGACGUAGCACUGCGAAUUAUCUUCCAUAUGUACAGGAAGCACAAAGCUGCCAUUCUGGAAUAUCUCCCUCCAGAUGAUGCAAGCAUUCGCAAGACUGUUCUCUAUAAAACACUCUUUGAUGGAUUUACUAAAAUAGAUGGUAAACUUUCUGAAGCUGAAAUGAGGGCACAAAAAAAGGCAGCAACAGAAGAAGCAGAGAGACAGAAGAAAGCAGAAAUAAAAGUUCUUCAAGAUCAGCUGGCAGCUCUAAAGGAGAUACAAGCAGAAGUUCAAGCUGGAAAGGAAAAAGAGUCUGAUUUCCAGAAGGCAAAAGAUCAAGGAUACAAAAGCCCACAGCCUGCAGCAGCAGAGAUUCCAGAUGAUCAUUCCUCUGUUGCAAAUUACCUGGAUAACCUGUGCAUUUUUUGUGGUGAAAGGAACGAAUCCUUCACAGAGGAAGGACUGGAUCUGCAUUACUGGAAACGCUGCCCUAUGUUAACCAGAUGUGAGCACUGCAAGCAGGUGGUAGAAAUAGCAAGCCUGACGGAGCAUUUGUUGACUGAGUGUGAUAAGAAGGACAGCUUUGGGAAAUGCCAGCGGUGCAGUGAAGCCUUUCCAAAGGAUGAGUUGCCCAAACACGUUAAGAGCAGGACCUGCAAUGCUGCCAAACCUGAAAAUGUGGCAAACCAUUGCCCACUGUGCCAUGACAACUUUUCCCCUGGAGAGGAGGCCUGGAAGUCACACCUCAUGGGCACGGAUGGCUGUGCAAUGAAUCUACGAAGGUUUUCCACCAUAAAUAAAACUAUUCCAAUGCAGCCUGGCAAAACAGGAGGCCACUAUUUGAAGAAACCAAGUCCUUCAAGAACCAAAGUUCGACCUCCCUCCAUAGGAAGCAAGAUCCCAACGCCGAGAGGAGGCCCGAAUAAAAGCCCAGGCAAAACAUUCUCAAAGCAGUGACAGGACAAGGGCUGUGCUUCGCAUUUUGUAUUUAAUAAUUGGGUGUAUCAUUAUUAAUGGCCAUUUAAAACUCCCGAGCAACUCA